AUGGAAUGGUCAUUCAUUGAAGCUGUUAUGUGCAAAAUGAGAUUUUCUGAAAUCUGGAUUAACUGGAUAAUGAGAUGCAUUACUUCGGUUAAAUACAAGGUGCUCAUGAAUGGGCAACCAAGGGGAAAUAUUGUUCCGGAGAGAGGUCUACGACAAGAAGAACCUUUGUCUCCUUUCAUAUUCAUUCUAUGCACAGAAGCGCUCGUUAGCCUUCUUAAUCAUGCAGAGAACCAAGGGAAGAUAACUGGGAUGCGCGUUACCCGCGCGUGCCCUUCAGUCUCUCACCUUCUCUUUGGUGAUGAUAUAGCAUUUUUUUGUAAGGCGGAGCCCCAUGUAUGUGAAGAAGUGAUGAAAGUAGUCAGGAAAUAUGGACAAGCAUUAGGCCAAUGCAUUAAUUUCGACAAAUCCUCUCUACUCUUUGGUAAGAGGAUCAACGUUAAUGUCUGA